AUGCCAGCAAAUACCUCUACAAGCGACCAGGGCUUGAAUGGCAACUCUACAAGCCAGGCGGUGCCUCCAAACAUGAACACAGCAGCGAGCAACCAAGCACCUGGCCAUGUGACCAACAGCAAUCCUGGUACCCAGUACAUUCCAAACGUCGCGGUGCCCGGGAAUGUCCCCAUGUACAAUACCGGCCCUUCUGGUACUGGCCCUCAAGCUCCGCCUCGGCCCACGGCUCCAAGUAGCAACAUGCCAGGAGGCAGUCACAGGCCCAGCCAGGGCGUAAAUAGAAAUGGCCAAGGAGUUCAUGGCACGUACAGCCAAAUCAUGAACAAUUUCCUUUUGCCCAUGUCGUCGGUCCGAUCCAACAGCCACGGAAUCGCAGGUGAAGUUCCACCAACGCCUAGACAGAGAUUCAAUGCAGUUCCACAAACGCCUGGACAGAGAUUCAAUGCAGUCUCUACGCUUCCGUACACGCCUUCAACCAACAGCAUUCACCGAACAAACGGUGCUGUCGGUCAAGCUCGACCUAUCGUUCAGCCCCAAUCUCCAUAUGAUUUGCAAGCAAGUCUAUACGCACCUUAUCAGAGCAUCCACCAGAGGCUUGGAUCCCAGCCCACCCCUCCCAACAACCGUUCGACCGUCAAUCAGACACUCACGCCCCGGUUCAUGGUCCCCAGUAGUAGCGUGCCCAGUUCUGCUACUUACCCGCCCGCCAUGAACAACGAUGCGAAGCGUCCCGCAAACGCGCCUCCUGCGGAGCCGUCUAAGAAGAGGCAGAGAAAGGCUGCGCCUCCGCCUGUCCCUCUGGCCCAGCAGCCUCAACAAGCAAACGCCAACCCCGCUGUUCAAGACACCCGUGGUCCCACUGCUGCGAUCCAGACUGCCGAGACCCAGCUUACCACGACUCAGCUUGCUACGGCUCACUUUGCUGAGACCAAACCCGGCCCGCCGACCGUUUACCUCAACACCGCGGGCAAAUAUGUGAUCGAGCCAGACGCGAGAGAGACCCUGCCCGCCGAUACCACCGCCUUGGCGUUUGAUCAAGCCGUCACAGAGGUCAUCAGGGUCGUCCAACGCCCUGCCAAGAGGGGCUCCCUCCUACGCUCCAGACCGCUUCUCCACCUUCGAGGUCUGACAGACGCCAUCGAGGCAUUCGUCGCCCGGCCCGACCGCCGCGAACUGGUCUUGUUCGAGGAGACGGACCUUACCAACGUCCGAUACAUCCGCCACGUCGAGGACCACAUCUGGUUGGGCGAGUACGAUCGUAUCCCCGACGCCGACUACGCGGAGCAGGUGACCAUGGCCGAAAAGGAGCGAAUCUUGCGGGAGGCCAAGGAGAAGGAGGAGAGGGAGCGCCCCGCGCCGACGCUUCAGGAGGCGCAGAGGGACAUCUUCAAGUACGGCAUGCCUGGAAAUGGUAGCAUGACUCGUCCCGGUCCCCAGCAGUAG